AUGGCACACCAUUCCAGUUAUUCCAAUGAUGAGUUUGCUUCUUCCUCAAAGCGAAGAUCUCGAGGACCUGUUAUGGCCGCAAAGAAAGCAGCUGAAGGGGCAAAGCAAGAAGAUGGGAAAUACAAGCACACAGUUGAUCUGCCAAAGACAUCAUUUGGCAUGAGAGCGAACUCUUUGAUACGAGAGCCUGAAAUUCAAAAAAUAUGGGAUGACAAUCAAGUGUUCAAGAGAGUUGUUGGUAAAAACACAGGGGAAAAUUUCAUUCUUCACGACGGUCCUCCGUAUGCCAAUGGUGAUCUUCACAUAGGCCAUGCUUUAAAUAAGAUUUUAAAGGAUUUUAUUAAUCGUUAUAAGCUUCUUCAAAAUUAUAAAGUUCAUUAUGUGCCUGGUUGGGAUUGUCAUGGCUUACCAAUUGAGUUGAAAGGCAAGACUUGUCGAGCGGGAUUACCACAGUGGUUAUGGCCCUCCCCCUUCCCCACUGCUUGGCACCCAGGAUUGAAACCCCUGGGUUUCUUCCUCCAAUUUCUGCAAUCACUUGAUCAAGCUGCUCGAAAGGAUCUAACACCAAUAAAGUUGAGACAAAAGGCAGCUAAGUUUGCCAAGCAAACAGUUAAAACUCAGAUGGAAUCAUUUAAGCGUUAUGGAGUGUGGGCAGACUGGAAUAAUCCCUACCUAACUCUUGAUCCAGAAUAUGAAGCUGCUCAGAUAGAAGUGUUUGGCCAGAUGGUCAUUCAAGGUUUUAUAUACAGAGGCAGGAAACCAGUUCACUGGAGUCCCUCAUCACGAACGGCUCUUGCAGAGGCUGAAUUGGAGUAUCCGGAGGGGCAUGUGUCGAGAAGCAUAUAUGCCAUUUUCAAAUUAGUCAGUGCCUCUCCAACUUCAGGUGGCUUACUAAACGAGUAUUUCCCCAAUGUGUGCUUGGCCAUUUGGACAACUACUCCCUGGACUAUUCCAGCCAAUGCUGCGGUUGCAGUGAAUGCCAAGCUUAUAUAUGCCAUUGUUGAAGUACAGUCAGACCCAGAAGAUGUUUCUUUAUCUGAUGGAAACAAAAAACGAAGGCCCGGAAAUGUUCUAAAGGAAGAAAAUAAGCCUUUCCUUAUUGUUGCUUCAGAUCUUGUGCCAGCAUUAGAAGCAAAAUGGGGAGUGAAGCUUGUUGUUAGGAAAAGGGUGUCGGGUUCAGAUCUCGAAAACUGCAGGUAUGUCCAUCCGGUAUUUAAUAGGGAAUGCCCUGUUGUCAUUGGAGGAGAUUAUAUUACAACGGAGUCAGGAACGGGGCUGGUCCAUACAGCUCCUGGACAUGGUCAAGAGGAUUAUGUCACUGGCCUGAAGUAUGGACUGCCUAUGCUUUCUCCUGUGGACGAUGAGGGAAAGUUCACUGAAGAAGCUGGAAAGUUUUGCGGGCUUGAUGUACUUGCAGAUGGUAAUAGUGCUGUUGUGAAAUACUUGGAUGAACAUUUAUCAAUUAUCAUGGAAGAAUCCUACCAACAUAAGUAUCCAUAUGAUUGGAGAACAAAAAAACCCACAAUAUUUAGGGCGACCGAGCAAUGGUUUGCAUCAGUGGAAGGGUUUCGUGAGGCUGUUAUGGAUGCUAUUGGUCAUGUAAAAUGGAUUCCACCUAAGGCAGAAAACAGAAUAUCUGCAAUGACUUCUAGCCGCUCUGAUUGGUGUAUAUCACGGCAGAGGACAUGGGGUGUUCCAAUUCCAGUCUUUUAUCAUGUGCAGUCCAAGGAACCUCUAAUGAAUGAAGAGACUAUGGAGCAUAUCAAGUCUAUAAUAUCCGAGAAGGGUAGUGAUGCAUGGUGGUACAUGAAGGUGGAGGAUCUUCUCCCUGAUAAAUAUCGCGAUAAAGCAUCUGAAUAUGAAAAGGGGACUGACACAAUGGAUGUAUGGUUUGAUUCAGGUUCUUCUUGGGCUGCUGUAUUGGGAAAAAGAAAUAGCCAUAGUCUUCCUGCAGACUUGUACCUUGAAGGUAUGGAUCAGCAUCGGGGGUGGUUCCAGAGUUCUUUGCUGACAAGUGUUGCUACCAAAGGAAAGGCUCCAUAUUCCAGUGUUAUAACACAUGGAUUUGUAUUGGAUGAGAAGGGUUCAAAAAUGAGCAAAUCUUUGGGUAACGUUGUAGAUCCACGAACCGUGAUGAAGGAGGGAAGAACCAAAAGGAAGCUGCGAGGAACACUGAGAUACCUUUUGGGAAAUCUGCAUGAUUGGCAUGCUGAUACCACUAUUUCAUACCACGAUCUACCCAUGAUUGACCAGCAUGCACUGUUUCAGCUUGAAAAUUUUGUAAAGAACAGUAGAGAAUGCUAUGAAAACUAUCAGUUCUUUAAGAUAUUUCAGAUCAUACAGCGGUUUGUCAUUGUUGACCUGUCGAAUUUCUAUUUGAUGUCGCCAAAGAUCGCCUUACGUUGGGUAUUCUUCCCCUGCUCUAUCUACCAGUUUCUAAGCAAGGGCACGACAAGUUUUACUAGGAGAAGUUGUCAAACAGUUCUCGCGGAACUUCUCCUUUCUAUUGUGAGAGUGAUUGCUCCAAUAUUGCCCCAUUUGGCUGAGGAUGUAUGGCAAAACCUUCCGUUUCAGUACACCGACGAAGAUGGCUCUGCUGCUGAAUUUGUUUUUGAGUCAAGAUGGCCAGCUUUGAACAAAACACGGCUCUCUCUUCCAAAAGAGGAAACUGAUUUCUGGGAAAAAGUUCUUGAGUUGAGAACCGAGGUGAAUAGAGUCCUGGAGGUUGCCCGUACAGAAAAGUUAAUUGGCUCCAGUUUAGAUGCCAAGGUCUACCUCCAUACUUCUGAUUCCAGUCUGGCCUCUAGGUUAGUUGAAAUGUCUGCAGCCAACAACGACGCAGACACAUUGCAUCGUAUAUUCAUAACAUCUCAGGCAGAGGUUCUUCCUUCCUUGGAGAAUAAGCUGAUUGAAGAUAUACCCUAUAAAGGAGAAUACGUCAUCGAAGGAAAUAUCAGAGUCUGGAUCGGAGUGUCUCGUGCCGAGGGCUUAAAGUGCGAAAGAUGCUGGAAUUAUUCGCCUCAAGUUGGUUCCUUUCCAGAGCACAGCACCCUUUGCCGCCGCUGUUAUAAUGUAGUUGAUAUUCAACAAUCUCCAGCUGUAGCUGUGGUCAGUUGA